CGCCUCCAACAGGCUCAACUGUCAAAUGGUUAAAAAAGGUGUAUUCUUCAAUAAAUUAUAAAAAAAAACUAAAUUCUUCAAAUCUAUGCCGCUACAAAAUAUACAAAAUAAAUGCAAUAGUUAUACAAAAAUCAAGUAAAACUCAAUCACAAAACAAUAGUGUUGUUUAUGUGUUGAUAUAAGUUUUAUAAUACAAAAAUAAACUUGUAAAUUAGCCUCUGAAAAAGAAUAAAAGAAAAAUACAGAACCACCUGAACCCGAAGAGAAGUCGAAGACGAAGACGACAACGACGACAGACAACCAAGGAGACUAAAAAUAAAAGAAAUAACAAACAUUGUGCAAUGGAACCCAUCGAUAUAGCUAGACUUGAAGAAGCUGUCGUAGUUUUCUAUCGUUCAACAUCUCAAGAACAAGCCAUAACCCAUGAAUGGCUAACAAAAGCGCAAGCAAGUCCUCAAGCUUGGUCAUUCUCAUGGCAACUAAUGCAACCAGGAAAAACUCAAGAAGUUCAAUUCUUUGGAGCUAUAACUUUACAUUCGAAACUUAUGAAAUUUUGGCACGAAGUUCCAGCCGAAAAUCGAGAGGAACUUAAACAGAAAAUUCUCGAAAGCAUAAUAACCUUUGCUGCAGGCCCAAAACUAGUCCUUAAUCGUUUAUGCAUUGCUUUAAGUGCAUUCAUUGUCCACAUGUUGGGAGAAUGGCCAACAGCUAUUGAGGACGUCAUCAAUACCUUCCAAAAUCAACAAAUUCCAAAUGUGACAAAGGAAAUGCAACUGUGGAUUAUGCUUGAAGUUCUUCAGGCAAUUCCCGAAGAAAUGACCGCUAUCUACACGUCCGUUAAAAGAGCUACCCUCCGUGGAGAAGUUGCGAAACGCGCACCAUUAGUUAUGGAAACAACAGAAGCCUAUUUGCAAAUGCAAAUCGACCGGGAUUGGGAUGCUGAAGUGUUUAGCAAUAUGACAAGGGCUGUGAAAUGUGUCGGAACUUGGGUUAGGAAUAUUGGUUUUUCAAUUAAGAACUGUCAGAAUAUAACAGCAAUCCUGCUUAAAAUCGUCAACAAAUGCUACUGGCCAUGUGUUCAAGAUCCAGAUUCCGAUGGAUGCAUGUCGGCAGAUGAAAACGAACUAUCAGAAACGUGCCUGAAAACACUGUUGAGCAUAAUUAUUCAACCAGAUUGCCAUAACUACCCGAAGACUGCUUUUAUAUUAAUUAAAAUGUUCCUUGAUUCUCUGUGUGGCAUAACAAAAGCCGAGUGGAAAAAAGAUAACAACAAUGAGGAUAUUGUAGUCAAUAUUUAUGCUUUAUUUGUAUCAGCUAUUGAAAGACACUCUCAACUCCUACUCAACGGCAUUACCACAACUGAUCCUGAGCUAGCUGAUCUCAAUAGACGUUUAGUAAAUGAAAUUCUUCAAUGCACUGAUAAACCUGGAAUCUAUCCAGUUGAAGAGUCAUGCAGUAGUUUGGCGAUGGGAUUCUGGUAUUUGUUGCAGGACGAAGUUUUUGCCAUGCGUAUCACAGAGGAGAGAAAUAAAUGCUGGGAGUUCAUAAAGCCACUCUAUGCACAUUUAACAAGGAUUUUGGUCCGGAAAUCCGAACAACCCGAUGAGACUUCAAUUGAUAAGUGGAAUUCAGAUGAUCUGGAGUCAUUUAGGUGUUACAGACAGGACAUUUCAGAUACACUGAUGUACUGCUUUGAGGUGUUACAUGAUUAUAUUCUUAAUAUUCUUGCCUCAGUGCUGGAUGAGACAAUUGCAGGGAUUCAAGCCAAUCCAACCGAAUGGACCAAACUUGAAGCAUGUAUUUAUGCUUUCCAUUCAGUUGCUGAACACAUUGACACCACCGAAUCUACUCAAAUUCCGAAACUAAUUCGGGUCCUUUCGGAAAUUCCGUAUGAAAAAAUGAACGAAAAACUACUGGGAACCUCACUGGAAACAAUUGGAUCGUAUUGCUUGUGGUUUAAGGACAACCCAGCCUAUAUUGCUCCCGCCAUACAACUUCUGGUGCGUGGAUUGAAUUCUUCAAUGUCUUCACAAGCUACACUUGGCUUGAAAGAGCUCUGUCGCAAUUGCCAAUUGCAAAUGAAACCCUAUGCUGAACCGCUACUUAAUGCUUGCCAAGCAUGCUUGACCAAUGGACGACUAAAAAAUUCUGAUUGUGUUCGUUUGAUGUUCAGUAUUGGUAAGUUGAUGAGCCUCUUGCCAGCCGAUAAUAUUCCAUCGUACUUGGACAUAAUUGUGAGUCCUUGCUUUGAGGAGCUUCAAACAAUUUGCCAAAGUGAAAUUAAAACUCCAUCGGCUAGAAUACGAACUAUAUUCCGUUUGAAUAUGAUAUCUACUCUGUUCUCAUCACUCAACACUGAUCUAGAAGACGAGGAACAAAUUGAAGAUCUACAAAACGUUCAACCGGUUUUGAUUGUUAUGCAAAAAACUAUGCCAAUAUUUAGACAAAUAGCCGAACUAUGGGUUGAUGAAAUAGAAGUUUUAGAGACGGCUUGUACAGCUUUAAAACAUGCAAUAACUAAUUUACAAUCUAGCUUUAAGCCUAUGUUGCAGGAUUUGUGUUAUUUUAUCGUGGCAAUCUUUCAAACAAGAUGUUGUGCACCUACAUUAGAAAUUUCAAAAACAGCUAUCAUAAUUUUCUUUAAAGACGAAACAGUGAAAUCUUUAAUGCAGCAGCUUUUAGUCGAAUUCGUUAUGCACAGCUUUAAAUUAUUUGAGACAACACCAGAAAACAGUUUCUCCAAUAUUGCCGAAACCAUUGAAAUGUUUUACGCGUGUCUAAUGCAAAUCAUAAAGAAAAUUCCCAUUGCUUUAAACGACAAAUGCAUUGCGUAUGACAAGCUGAUUUUCUAUGCCCUUAAAGCAAUGACUCUCCCAGAAAAUGGUCCAAUACGAACAAGCGUUCAAUUUCUAUCUCAUUUUAUUCUGCAAUCUCGUAACUAUCCAAAUAUGACACAAGCUGUUUUGGAUGCUGGUGAAAAUAUUAUUCGAACUGUUAUAAUGUGUGUUGGUUGUGUUACACCAAGGGCGCAAGUUGAUAAAUUUGCCGAUAUAUUUUUGUCUGUCAACAAGAAGUACCCAUCUGAAUUGGUUGCAUGGAUGAAGGUGUUACAUACGCCAAAUUUCCCAACACCACUAGUUAAUGAUACUGAAAAGUCUGCAUUUAUCACACAAAUCAUCAGGGAAAAAGUCAAUAAGCGACUAAUUCAGAAACAUCUCAAUGAUUUCGCAGUGAUAGCUAGGGGUCUCUCGGAAAAAUAUCAAUAAAUUGUCAACGAUUUAAAAAGAGAAUAUAGGUCAUAAGGCAGCAGCAGCAUGAUGUGCUAAAAUAUUUAUAAAACAAUGUGUGCAAAAAUAAUUUCUAAUUUCUAUUAAAAAAAAAAAAUAAAAUAAAAACAUUAAUUAUUAAUAGAGCUCAUAAUACUUUAUGUGCUUUUACAUAAAUGAGUCCAUGUAUACUUGUAUUUUGUCUCUUAAUCGUUAUUGCAUGUUACACAGAAAUCAUAGUGUAUGUAUUAUAAAUAUUUUUUUUCUCAAAAAAUAGAAAUAAUAAUAUUAAGAACAAAAUGCAAAAAGUUAAUUGAGUCGUCACUGCAAUACUACUCUUGUAUUGAAGAAAUUCUUAAAAGUUAAAAAAUGAUUAAUUAAAAAAGAUUUGACGUAAAAUUGUGAUAAUAGCAUUUUAGUAUUAUCCUCGUAAAAUAUUAAGCGAAAAAGAUAUUAUGUUAAUUGUAUAAAAAUAAAAAGCUAAACACAAGCUAUAAUGAUAUGAAAAUAAUUGUAUAAUUAUGUAAUUGCAAAACAAUUUUGUUUUUUUUUUCUAUACGAACACAAUGAAUAAUGAAUAUACACACACACACACCUAGUUUUUACAUGUAUUGAAAUAAAUUAAUUAUUGCCAAACAUCUAUUUUUUGUGAUCCAUAUGUAUUUAGUGUUUUCAUUUUACAAAUUUUAAAGAAUCGGCAAAUGAUUUUAAACAAUUUUUGUUAGUCUUCUCAUAAAGUACAUAAAUAAUAUUUUCCAGCAUGAAUACAAACUUGUAAGGAAUGACAUAUUUGCAAAACAAUCCUCAUACAUUUGUUUUUAAAAAUAAAACAAAACUUGAAGAAAUAAACGCAAUAUCAAUAAGAA